AUGAGUGUUGCUAUCGAAGCACUCUACAUCUUCGACGACCAAGGUUGCCUCCUCGAACACAAUUACGCCGGUCGGCCACCCACAGCCAAAGAACUACACGACGAGUUCCGCCGGCGCACCCCUCCACUGCCGGCGGUCUUCCACCUCCCCAGCCUCAACCCUCCGACCAACGUCUAUACCGUCUCACAAUCAUCGCUGCUGCUAGCAUGCACGUCUUCGAAGGAUGUGCCGCCACAGGCAAUCAUCGACUUUCUGCACCGGCUGGUCGACAUCUUCGAAGAGUUCCUCGGUAGCCCACUCAUCAGCCAGAAGAUAGAGGACAACUAUGAAGUGGUUGCGCAGCUACUGGUGGAGAUGUGCGAUGGUGGCAUCAUCUGCAACACCGAAGGCAAUGCACUGAGAGAGCAAGUCGAGGUCGCGAGCAAUCUAGGCAAGCUGUUUGCGCAGGUCGGCCUACCCAGCUCAGCACCAUCAGGUGGGCCUGCUGGUCUGGCCGCUACGCUCAAGGCCGCGUCGUCCACAGCCAACGGUCCAGCCAUUCCAUGGAGGAGGUCAAAUGUGCGUCACACCAGUAACGAGCUCUAUGUCGAUAUCGUCGAGACUCUUUCGGUCAUAUAUGCGCCAUCAGGACGGCCGAUAUCAGCCAGAGCCAAGGGAUCGAUACUAUUCACAGCAAAGAUCUCCGGCGUGCCUCACCUACAGUUGACGCUCUCCGCGCCUGGCGGUACCAGCUCAGCAAAGUCAGCAGGCCUUAGUCGGACCAUGCAACUGCCCACAUUUCAUCCAUGUGUACUACUGCAUCGAUGGCGGGACUCACCAGGAGAACUGUCCUUCGUGCCUCCAGACGGCAAGUUCAUGCUAGCAGGCUACGAAUCCGACCUCAUGCCAUCUACGCUUCACACAGACCAGCCAUCACUGCGCGGUGAACGCAUAUUCCUGCCCAUCAUUCCCGACCUCCGCACAAACACCGGCCGCAACGGCACAGACUUCGAAGCCCGGGUCACUCUGAACAACAACUUCCCUGGUGCACCUGCCCCAACAAAGCCCACGCCAGGCAGAGUCGGCACGGGCUCGACACCAUUCUCAUUCGGCAGCGCCGCAGGCUCGUCUAGCGCCGCGCCCAAGCUUGAGGCCGUCAUGAUCAGCAUUCCCUUUCCCAAGGAUGUACGCACAGUCACCGAGCUCAAGCCGUCUCGGGGCGAAGCCAGCUUCAAUCAGUUUACGAAGACCGUGGAGUGGAAGAUCCCCACAAAGGACGGCUUUUCGGUGUCUGGCACGGCUACGUUAUCAGGCUCAGUCGUCGGGCCCUUCUCUGCUGCUCAAAAUGACUCAGCCGUGGCCAACAAUGCGCAGCAGUUGUCGGAGUACUACGACGAUGACACGCUGGGUCUCGAGGACAAAGGCGGGGAUACCAAUGGAGAUGCGGCGACAGAUAGGGCCAAGAAGCAGAGCAGCAAGUCACUAAUGCCGCAGACGAUAUUGGCGAGUUUCGCGGUCACGGGAUGGCUUGCUAGCGGCAUCAAGGUGUCCAGCCUGAAUGUCGACACGAAGAAAAGUAAAGGCCUUGGAGAUGGGGUCAAGCCAUACAAGGGCGUCAAGUACUUGACAAUAAGUAAGGGAGGCGUUGAACGCAGGAUAGACUAG